CGCGAGAAGACUGGGUCGGCCUUGGAAUUGCAGGGGGAGCUGAAAAGAUCGAAUUUGAAUCAAUCUUUCAAAGGAACAAAAACAAAAAUCUCAAUGAUUUAGAAUUGGAAAGUUAUUUAAUCCUUCUCUGGUGGCCAUCUAUCAUUCUGGGAUGCCUCUUCCAGCACGAAUCCCCCGACAAGCGGAGCCAAUUGAGCCCAUGCAAGUUGAUCUUGCACCAGAGAGUGACCAGCAGGCUACAGAAGAAGAAUUUAUUGUCGAGGGUGCAACACUGGACCUAGACGUAUAUGCUUCUAACUACACCGGACUCACAAAGCUAAACAGACUGUUGUUUGUCGCCAAGCAUUGCCCUUCCCUGGAAAUAGACUCCCUAAGGAUUGCCAUUAUCUUUGUGAAGCAGACCUUUAAUGUUCAGCUCUACCAAGACAUCAUUCAAAAGCUGAUAGAGGCAUGUAGCCGUCAAAGCGACAUGGAGACACCUUCUGUAGAGACAACAUGGGUGGAGACAACAAGCAAAAAAGCAGCUUUAAAGCUGGAGAAACUUGACACAGACCUGAAAAACUACAAAAGUAAUUCAAUAAAGGAGAGCAUAAGGCGUGGGCAUGAUGAUCUUGGUGAUCAUUACUUUGAAUGCGGUGAUCUCAACAAUGCCCUCAAGUGCUACUCUAGGUCAAGGGAUUACUGCACUAGUGCCAAGCACGUUGUCAACAUGUGUCUCAAUGUCAUCAAGGUGAGCAUUCACAUGGGAAACUGGUCACAUGUCCUGAACUACGUCAACAAAGCAGAGAACACUACAGAGCUCACAGAGAAGGAACGCGGCUCCAGUCAGACCACUCUCACCAAGCUUAAGUGUGCGGCAGGACUUGCUGAGCUUGCUACAAGGAAGUACAAGUCAGCGGCCAGGUACUUCCUCCAGGCCUCUUUUGACCACUGCGAUUGCCCUGAGCUUCUAUCCUCUAACAAUGUGGCCAUAUAUGGUGGUCUUUGCGCCCUGGCCUCGUUUGACAGGCAGGAGCUCCAGAAGAAAGUAUUAUCAAGCAGCUCGUUCAAGUUGUUUCUGGAGCUCGAGCCACAGCUGAGGGACGUGUUGUACAAAUUCCACGAGUCCCAGUACGCCACGUGCCUCAAGCUACUUGACGACUUAAAGGAUAAUUUUAUGCUGGAUAUGUACCUUGCUCAGCACAUCACCAAGCUGUACAGCCAGAUCCGCAAGAGGGCACUGAUACAGUAUUUCAGCCCUUACGUGUCAGCGGACAUGAGCAAGAUGGCGCAUGCGUUCAAUACCACGGUACAUCAGCUUGAAGAUGAGCUCUCUCAGCUCAUUUUGGACGGGCAGAUCAACGCCAGGAUAGACUCCCAUAACAAGGUUUUGUACGCCCGCGAUGUUGACCAGCGGAGUACGACUUUCGAGAAGGCCCUAGAGAUGGGUAAAGAGUACCAGAAGAGAACAAAGGCUCUCAUCUUGCGGGCUGCGAUUUUACGAAACCAAAUUAUUGUCAAGAGCCCACCUCGGGACAGCACUGGUGGAGAGAUGGCGUCGGCAGCGCGAUGAACAGCAAGAAUUUCCCUACGAGGUGUCACAAAGGCAACCAACUUUACUUAGAACUGCCAUCACUAACGACCUCCUUGCUAGUUCCAGGAAGCAGCUCUUUCUUAGUCCUAGAAUACAGCCCUUUGUUUGUCCCAGAAAGCAACCCUUUGUUAGUAGAGUCCUAAAUAGCUCACGUUAUUAGCGAAACAUGUUGACACUUUUUAAGACUUUAAGAUAUAACGCUGUAAAUGUGCAACUACACGUGUAGUCGCCUAGAAAUUUCGACAUUUGUUUUGACUUUCUAUUCCACAAAAGGCCUGCAAAGCAAGGCAUAUGCUCUUAGUGUAGUACUGCCGGUACCUGUUGAGCUGGUUAGUGGUAUAAAUAAAGAAUCCAGUGAAAAAAAAA